AGUGCUGCACUUUUCCGUAAAUUGACUUGUCGAGUGGAGAGAUCCAGCUGAGAACAUCCAUCGGAGGAGGUGGCAGACAGGCGGACUGCGGGAGGAGAGCGCCGGGAGCAGGGACAGCAGAAGGAGAACCGCAGACAUGGGAGUGGAGAUCGAGACGAUCAAGCCGGGUGACGGAAGGACUUUCCCCAAAAAAGGGCAGACGUGCGUGGUGCAUUAUGUCGGCUCCCUGGAAAAUGGACAGAAGUUUGACUCCUCUCGAGACCGGGACAGACCUUUCCGCUUCAAGAUCGGCAAGCAGGAAGUGAUCCGGGGCUGGGAGGAAGGUGUGGUGCAGAUGAGUGUUGGUCAGAGGGCCAAGCUGACCUGCUCACCCGACUUUGCGUAUGGAAACCAAGGCCACCCGGGCAUCAUCCCUCCAAAAGCCACGCUCAUCUUCGAUGUUGAGCUUCUGGGUUUGGAAUGAAGCCGCCCUGCAGGCUGGCUGCUGCUGCGCGACGUCACACUUCAGGAAUCUGGAGAAAAAGCUUGGAGAGUCUGUGCUUCAGAAGCUUGACUUUACUGUUACACCGUUUAUUUAGUCAAAUUAAGACUUUGUGUUUUUGUUUCUUCAUGAUAAUCUUUCUUGCUGAAACCUCAACAACCUCCGUCUUCUUCAUGGUCAGAUGUUUUCUUUUUGGUGGGGGGUUGUUGUGCAAAAAUGACGCUCAGACGAGCAAAAAUACCAAUGAACUACUUGCAGCGACAUUCACUUCUUCAGAGUACUGUACUGGUGUUAGAAUAGCUGAAACCUUGUUGUAUCUCAGAAACAAUCCUGUAUGAAAAUGAAAAGCACACAUUUAUGUCCCUCCCCAGUUUCUGCUCUGAACUGUUUUUCUCUUGAUCCCGUUCGCUGAAGAGGACAUUGUUGUGAAGAAUUUGUGCCUAAACAUGGUGACCACCUUGCCCUGCCUGCAUGGUUUUAUUGCUCCUGAUGGGAAGUCUACAUGUAAUCGCCGUGCAUUUACUUUUCCUUUGCUGCUGCCUUCUCACCUUUUUUAAGCCCCAUUUAAAGCCAUACACAGCUUGACACACACUAAUUGAAGUCUGAUUUAUUUUCUUAAAAACUCUGAAAUGCUUGAAACUGACAAAAGAGGGCUAAGGAAUGAAAUCAUCCCUUCCCUGGUCCUUUAUAUCUGUGUAACAUUUAGAAUCAUUUCGGCCACGCAUCUAUCUUUAAAGAAUAAAUUAAGUUAAUGUUGUUUUUUGUUCUUCUUUUAAAUGGGUUUAGUUAGGUACUUAAAUGUUUUUGUAGAAGUAAGAAAAAAAAAGCCCAAAUCCAGGCAUCCACGUGGUUUUUAUAUCUGAAAUAGUUUUAAGUGGAGUUUAAAUGCAGGAAUUUGCUGGCCUGGCUGUCUCAAACUGACUGUCCGUGUUGCAUAUCGGCCGAGCUGUGACCGGUAUGGGAGCAGAGCGCCUCUGUGCUGUGUAGUUCUGUGCUGAUACCUUACUGUAUUCAGGCUAAACCAAUGAUGAAGUAUUUAAAAUAAAAGAGGUGCUCUCCACCUGUUUAUGCAA